AUGCUGGGACCACACCAUAUUGAAAACUUCCUCUUGGACUCGGAGCAGCGCGGGCUUAUACCUCGUGCUUGCGAAGCUUUGUUCACAAAAUUGUGCACUAGAGCUGCGGAGGCAAGCAAAAUCAUUUUUAGUCAACUAUACAAUGAAGAAUUUUAUGACCUUCUUGGAAACUCUCAACAGAAAUUAGCCAUACGCAGUGAUUCAAAGAUAGUGCAACUUCUUGGCGUUUCCGAGCAUUCCGUUCAAUCUGGUAUUGAUAUGAUGAGAAUCCUCGAAAUUGGAUGGGAUGCGAGACGAACGGCAGAAACAGCAAUGAACCGCGAGUCUUCGCGAUCUCAUGCUAUUUUCAUUGUUGAGGUACUAGCAUGCAUAGCAAAUCCACAUUUAUCCUGA